AUGGCCAAAACACAAAAAGCCUUCAAGAAGUUUGCUUCUUCCGGCAAACUCAAGGACUCCAUCCGCCAGCGCCGCCAAACGCAGCAAAUCAAGAAAAAGACUGAAGAACGUAAAGCGCACCGAUCAAAGCAGCGUGGUGCCGCCCAUUCCGAGGAUGAAGGCGGAAGCGGGUCUGGGGAUGAAGAUGAAGAUGAUGAUGAUGAUGAAGCUCGCAAGAUCGGUCAGCCCGCUGCUGGCGGUAAAGCCGGCGGUGUGGCGAAGAGUGUCGAAGAGCUCUUCGGCGCUGGUGGGUUGGAUGUUGAUGCGGGGGAGGAGUCUGAACUGGAGGACCUUGGAUCCGAGGAUGAAGAGGAUGACGACGAGGGCGAGGAUGAAGAGGAUGAGCCGCUCGAUGAGGCUGCGAUGAAGAAGGCGAUGAAGGAUUUGGCCAAGAAGGAUCCAGAGUUCUUCAAGUACUUGAAGGAUAACGACGAAGAUUUGCUCGAGUUUGGGGACAAGGGCAAGGAGAGGGAGGAGGACGAGGACGAAGACGAAGAAAUGGACAGUGAUGAGGAGAUGGACGAAGACGAGGAUGAAGCGCCCGCGGAGAGGAAGAAGGUCAGCGUCACGAUGAAGAUGCUCCGUCUGUGGCAGGAGGGUAUGCUCAAGCAACACUCCGUGAGGUCUUUACGCAAGACACUCAUUGCCUUCCGCGCUGCCGCCCACAUGAACGAAGAAGACGGCGACCAAGGCUCCGGUCUCGACACCAAAUACACUGUCGACAGUGCCGCCGUCUUCAACAAACUUGUCCUCACCGCUCUCAAAUUCACCCCCGUCGUCGUCUCUCACCACUUCCCCUACAAGACCCUCCCCACCGGGCGAGUCAAGCUCCAGCCGCCCAAAAAGGCCAACCAGGCGUUGAACCGUUUGGUCUUGUCCCACUUUACGACGCUCUUGCAUUUGAUCAAGUCUUUGCCUACCACUCCCUCAAGUGUGGCUACGAAAGAGCAGGAAGGCGCGAGCGGCUUGCUCUUGACAGCUGUGGGGGAGAGCACCAAGCUCAUCCCUUGGAUCUUGAGCGCAAGGAAGCAUUUGAGGGCGUACUUGAAGGUCUUGCUGGAUCUCUGGAGUUCUGCGGGCGACGACGUGAGAAUAGCAUCUUUCUUGGCUGUGCGAAAGCUGUUUGUGCAGGGUGACGAUGCCGUCAAGGAUCUUUGCUUGAGAAAUAUCUACCGCGCGCUUUUGCCUCCUUUGCGAAACGUCACCCCCCACACUCUCCCUGCUAUCAACCUCAUGAAGAACACUGCGUCCGAGCUCUACCAGCUCGCCCCCUCUCUCUCCUACCAACACGCUUUCGGCUUUAUCCGUAUGCUUGCUGUGCACUUGCGUAACGUUGUACGAUCGAGUACGUCCGGUAAAGCGGGGGACAAUCAGCAAGCUUUCAAGGCGGUGUACAACUGGCAGUAUGUGCACUGUAUCGACUUUUGGAGUCAGGCGCUCGCUGGGGCGGGCAGCUUGGAGAAUCAAAAGGCGAAUGCGGGGUUGGAAAGCCCCCUCAAGCCGUUGAUCUAUCCCCUUGUCCAAAUCGCUCUUGGAGCCGUCAGACUCCUGCCGUCAUCGCGAUACUUUCCCCUUCGAUUCCACGUCCUCCAUUCUCUCCUCCGCCUCAUCUCCCGCACGGGCACCUACAUUCCCCUCGCGCCCUUCCUCCUCGAAAUACUCGACUCUACCGAGUUCCGCCGCUCCAACCCCAAGAAGGGCACUCUCAAACCGCUCGACUUUGAAUAUGUUAUUCGCGCGCCGGCGGCUUAUCCCAAGACGCGGGUCUUCCAGGAAGGCCUCGGUGAAGAGUUGGUGUUCUUGUUGGGCGAGUACCACGCUGCCAUUUCGACGCAAAUCGCUUUCCCCGAGAUUGUGCUCCCAGUGAUCAUCACUAUCAAAAAACAGAUCAAAAAGGGGUCCGCCGGUUCUCCCAAAGUCCAAUCACAACUCAAAGUGCUCCUGGACAAGCUCGAAGCCACCCGCACAUUCAUCGAGACCAAGAGGCGCAACGUGUCGUUUGCGCCCAGAGAUAGGGGCGAGAUGGAUAGGUUUUUGGAGGGACAAGGCCAGGAGGUGACACCUGUGGGCAACUGGAUGAGGUUGCAGAGGAAGGUGAGGGAUCAGAAGAGGCAGGAGGUUGAGAAGGCGCUCAGGGAGGAGCGGGAGGAGAGUGAAGAGUAA